GGACAGGGACUCCCUGCAGGUUGAUGGGGGAGGACAAAGGCCAGGGUGCUGAGCUCUGCUCUACGCGCCUAGGCGCCUCCGGACGUGGCCAAGUCUGAGGCCUCUCAGGCUGUCGGUCCCCGGGGUGGGAAAGACCGCAGAGGGCGCGUCCUGGCUGUGUCCGCAGCGCCCGCUCUUCAAAAGCCGCCAGAGCAACUUUUAUGGGAAAAAAAAGCUGGUUGUUUUGUUUUUGUUUGUUUUCUCAGAAGGGAACGAAUUUUCGCUGGAGUAGUUGGAGUGACCAGCGUCAUAAACGUUGUGAUUUCAGCGCCUUUGGCAAUGGAGAGUGCCACUGUCCUCUGAACCCACCAGCUGCACUGCAGUGACGGCAGCUCCAGUGGAAAGAACAUCCAGACCCACUUCUGUGUUACAGGAUGGCAGCCACUGACUUUUCCCACGAUCUUUCAGGGGACUCAGUCUGCCGUCAAGAAGAGAAGGUAUCAGCACAAAGGAUGCUGACUGACUGCCUGACGAAUUAUCAGGAGUUGGUGAACUUUGAGGAUGUGGCUGUGGACUUUACCCAGGAAGAGUGGACCUCACUGAACUCAUCCCAGAGAAGCCUCUACAGAGACGUGAUGCUGGAGAACUACCGGAACCUGGCCACAGUAGGAUAUCAGCUCAUCAAACCCAGUCUGGUUUCUUGGUUGGAACAAGAAGAAUUUAGAACAUGUCAGAACAUAGUUUUCCCAGAAUGGAAAAUGCAGCCUGAAACCAAAUGUUCGGCAUUCCAACAGGAAUUUUUGAGGGGUAACAUGCCCAGUGGGUUGCAAAUGCAAACAGGAAGCCAGAGUGGAGGAGAGCUCCAUAACUGGAUGGAGUCUGGAGCCUUCUGCAGUGACCUCUCACCCCUUCAGACACAUCCGAAAACUCAAGCGACACGGGAUGACGAUGAUUGCGGUCAGUACAGAAGAGACUUCCUGAUGCUUCCCAAGAAAAGCUGCGCUGGUGAGGAACCUUCUGGACUCAGUGAGAGUGAGGGAGCCUCUACGACCCCAGUUAAAGUUGAUCGAAAAACUGCCACACAAGAGAAGUCUUUAGAAUGCAUUGACUGUGGGAAGUUUUUUAUUAAUCAGACACAUCUUCAAACACAUAGAAGAACUCACAGUGGAGACAGACUUUAUGAUUGGAAUGAAUACGGGAGAAGUUUCAUAAACUCGAGACUGGCUGUGCUCAUAGAAACUCUCAAUGCAAAGAAGCCGUACAGGUGUAAGGAGUGUGGGAAAGGCUAUAGAUACCCUGCAUAUCUAGACAUUCACAUGCGAACCCACACUGGUGAGAAGCCCUAUGAAUGUAAGGAGUGUGGGAAAGCCUUCAAUUACUCCAACUCAUUUCAGAUACACGGAAGAACUCACACUGGAGAGAAACCCUAUGUGUGUAGUCAGUGUGGGAAAGCCUUCACUCAGUACUCAGGACUUAGUAUACAUGUUAGAUCUCACAAUGGUGACAAGCCUUAUGAAUGUAAGGAGUGCGGGAAAGCCUUCCUUACAUCCUCACGACUUAUUCAACAUGUAAGAACGCACACAGGAGAGAAGCCUUUUGUGUGUGUCAAAUGUGGCAAAGCCUUUGCUAUUUCUUCAAAUCUGAAUGGACAUUUGAAGAUGCACGCUGAAGAGAAGACAUGCGUGUGCAAGAUUUGCGGGAAAGCAUUUGGGUAUCCUUCAUGUCUUAACAAUCACAUGAGAACGCAUAGUGCCAAAAGGUCACACACAUGUAAGGAAUGUGGGAAGGCCUUCAACUAUUCCACUCACCUUAAAAUUCACAUGCGCAUCCACACUGGGGAAAAACCCUAUGAGUGCAAACAGUGUGGAAAAGCCUUCAGUCAUUCCACUUCAUUCCAGAUACACGAAAGAACCCACACUGGAGAGAAGCCCUAUGAAUGUAAGGAGUGUGGGAAAGCCUUCAUCUGCCCCAGUUCCUUCCGAAUUCAUGAAAUAAGUCACACUCACACUGAAGAAAAACCAUAUAAGUGUCAGCAGUGUGGAAGAGCCUACAGUCAUCCCCGUUCCCUUCGGAGGCAUGAAAGAACUCACCAGUGAGUAGCCUGGCUGAUGGAAGCUGUGUGAGAAAGCCAUGAUUUGCUCUAGUUUACUUUGAAGACAUGAUGGUACUCACAGUGGAGAGAAACUGUUAAAAUUAUAUAUACAGCUUGGAGCAGUACUGUAUGGUAGCUGCUCAGGAGGCUGAAGAUGGGGGAUAAAUUUAAAUCCAAACUGGGCAACACAAGUACUCCAUGUCAAAAAAAUUAAAACGAUUGCUGACAAGAUGGCUCAGUGGAUAAAAUCACUUGUUGUGAAUGUCUGACAUCUUGAAUUUGAUCUGUAUGCGUGUAAAAUAGACAAUAGUGGCAUUCAUCUGUAUUGCCAACAGUCCUACAAGAUAGGAGUCCGGCAGGAGAAUCGCCUGGAAGCUCACAGGCCAGCUAUCUUCUGAGAGACCUUAUCAUGCUUCAACAGGGUAAGAGGACCAGUGCCUUACAGUUGUCCUCUGACCUCCGUAUGUUUGCUUACUUCCCACAUAUGCCACAGUCAUAAGUAAAUUUUUAAAGAACUUAAUGGAGGGCCAUUGAGAUGGCUCAGCAGAUAAAAGCAUUCUACAUACAAUCCUGACAACUUGGGUUCUAUCCCUGGUUCCCCACAGUGUAAGGAGAGAAGUGGCUCUUAUAAGCUGUCCUCUGACCUCCACGUGAAUGCUGUGGCACCCAAGCCCACUUGCCAGCCCCCAGUAAUAAUAUAUUUUGAAAAUUAAAAUGAGGGUCUGUAGAGAUGGCUUAAACAGUUAGAAGCACCUGCCGCUCUUGCAGAGGACAUGGAUUCAGUUCUCAGCACUCACAUGGCAACUCGCAACUAUCCACAACUCUAGUUCCAGGGGAUUUGGCACCCUCUCUGGCCUCUGUAAGUGCUCAGCAAACAUAGACUUCACCUACAUGUGCAGGCAAAACACUUAUUAUACACGUAAUGACAAUGAAAAGGAAGGUAUGUUGUAAUGAGCCCCUUUGGGCAGCAUGACUGAUGUCCUCAGAAGGUUAAGGUGCAGCAGGAUGCACACGGAGAUGAUCAUAAUAAAUAAUAAGUCUUCAGCCUUCUGCAAAUAGAGACAGAUUGUUACCAAGGAGUUUCUGCUUGUGGCCUCCAGAGGAAACUACCUGAGCUGUGCUGAUCUUUGAUCUCCAGCCUCCAAAUUGUAAGAAAUGAAUAACCAUGUUUAAGCUACCUGGUGUGUUUCUUUGUUGCAUUAGCUCUAACAAAUAGAUGUAAUAAUCAAUGAAUAAAC